GUCUCUGGGUGGAGCUGGAUGCGGCGGUGGGUGACAGGUCAGUAAUGAAACGUGCCCAUUGCCCCGGGGGGGGGAGUACCGGGGGCCGGCCGGGUACCGGGGGGAGUACUGGGGGGGCAGUACCAGCUGAUACAUUGUAUUGAUUUAUAUUUUUGUUAAGUUUUCUGUCAUGCCCCCAUUAGCCCUUACUGACCCGAGACUGAGCAACGGAACUGAAUCAGAGCAGAAAAACGACUGUCUGUUAACCCUUCACUGACCUUUAACCUAUAAUUAUUAACCUUUCAUUAGCCACGGACUGGAUAUUAACCCAUAGUUAGCCUGGGACUGGAUAUUAACCCAUAGUUAGCCUGGGAGUGAAUAUUAACCCUUUAUUAGCCUGGGGGUGGAUAUUAACCCUUAGUUAGCCUGGGAGUGAAUAUUAACCCUUAGUUAGCCUGGGACUGGAUAUUAACCCAUAGUUAGCCUGGGACUGGAUAUUAACCCUUAGUUAGCCUGGGAGUGAAUAUUAACCCUUUAUUAGCCUGGGACUGGAUAUUAACCCACCAUUAGCCUGGGAGUGAAUAUUAACCCUUAGUUAGCCUGGGACUGGAUAUUAACCCAUAGUUAGCCUGGGACUGGAUAUUAACCCUUAGUUAGCCUGGGACUGGAUAUUAACCCUUUAUUAGCCUGGGAGUGGAUAUUAACCCUUAGUUAGCCUGGGACUGGAUAUUAACCCACCAUUAGCCUGGGACUGGAUAGUAACCCUUAGUUAGCCUGGGACUGGAUAUUAACCCAUAGUUAGCCUGGGAGUGAAUAUUAACCCUAUAUUAGCCUGGGACUGGAUAUUAACCCUUAGUUAGCCUGGGACCGGAUAUUAACACUUAGUUAGCCAGGGACUGGAUAUUAACCCUUAGUUAGCCUGGAACUGGAUAUUAAAUCUUCCUUAGCCUGGGACUGGAUAUUAACCCACCAUUAGCGUGGGAGUGAAUAUAAACCCUUUAUUAGCCUGGGACUGGAUAUUAACCCUUAGUUAGCCUGGGACUGGAUAUUAACCCACCAUUUGCGUGGGAGUAAAUAUAAACCCUUUAUUAGCCUGGGAGUGAAUAUUAACCCUUUAUUAGCCUGGGACUGGAUAUUAACCCUUAGUUAGCCUGGGACUAGAUAUUAACCCACCAUUAGCGUGGGAGUGAAUAUUAACCCUUUAUUAGCCUAGGACUGGAUAUUAACCCUUAGUUAGCCUGGGACUGGAUAUUAACCCAUAGUUAGCCUGGGAGUGAAUAUUAACCCACCAUUAGCCUGGGAGUGAAUAUUAACCCUUAGUUAGCCUUGGACUGGAUAUUAACCCACUAUUAGCAUGGGAGUGAAUAUUAACCCUUUAUUAGCCUGGGAUUGGAUAUUAACCCUUAGUUAGCCUGGGACCGGAUAUUAACACUUAGUUAGCCAGGGACUGGAUAUUAACCCUUAGUUAGCCUGGAACUGGAUAUUAACUCUUCCUUAGCCUUGGAGUGAAUAUUAACCCUUUAUUAGCCUGGGACUGGAUAUUAACCCACCAUUAGCGUGGGAGUGAAUAUAAACCCUUUAUUAGCCUGGGAGUGAAUAUUAACCCUUUAUUAGCCUGGGACUGGAUAUUAACCCUUAGUUAGCCUGGGACUAGAUAUUAACCCACCAUUAGCGUGGGCGUGAAUAUUAACCCUUUAUUAGCCUGGGACUGGAUAUUAACCCUUAGUUAGCCUGGGACCGGAUAUUAACUCCUCCUUAGCCUGGGAGUGAAUAUUAUCCCUUUAUUAGCCUGGGACUGGAUAUUAACCCUUAGUUAGCCUGGGACUGGAUAUUAACCCACCAUUAGUGUGGGAGUGAAUAUUAACCCUUAGUUAGCCUGGGACUGGAUAUUAACCAUUUCUUUGGCUUAGAACUGAAUAUUAACUCUUCACUGAUCUAUGAUUCCAAAUUACAUGAUGUUAUAUUUCUGUCUGCCUGUAUGUCUUUCUCUCUGUCAGUCUUUCUAUAUGUAACAGUCUGUCUGUCUAUUCGUGUUUUAUUUUUAAUGUAAACUGGCUAAGAUUGAUAGGGAUUGCACACUAGGCCCAUUUUUCUUAGUUGUAAACAGAUAACUAAACACGAAGCGUCUCCUUGUAAACACGAAGCGUCUCCUUGUAAACACGAAGCGCCUCCUUGUCUUGGAAGAUCUGCACAGUUAAAUGAAAGGGGCGAUGUCACUGGUGAGACUGGCUUGUGUUUGUUUUAAUUAUUUUUUUAUUCUUUAUUUUUGCACAAUGUGAAACAAGCAUAGCACCAUUGAGAGACAUAGCAGGUACACGAUAAGUGUGAGGUAUAAUGCAGGUAUAAAUAACAAUACCCUUAGUACAUUGUGGAUUUUAUUUAACAAGUAGUGCAGUUUAGUUGAAGGUGGCUAUGUUUAGUCGCCCUGGUGUUUUGUUAGCUUCAUUAGGAUCUCAUAGGCUGUAUUAAGCAUGUCUCAAGGAACAACAAAAAAAACUGAUGAAACAAAAAAGAAUAAAACCUGCCAGGUGGCUUUACAGUGUGGCUGAGAGCAGGCCUAGUUACGCUGGUUAUUUCCUCCCAAUGGGAAAAAUGUUCUCACCGAGCUAACUUUGAAGCUGAGGUGCGGAGGGUGUAUGGGCAAUAGAUAGUCAGGUAGGUCUGGGCAGUUGCAUAGAGUCUAUGGUACCAGUGGUUGCGAGAUAAUAAAAACAAAACAGGAUUAGAGCGUCAGAAACAGAAAGAAAUCUAAAAACAGAAAGAACUUUGCAAGAUAUAACAUUUAAACUGGGAGGGUUUUCCGGCAAACUUUCAGCUUAGUCUAGCCGGGGUUCAGGUCGUGACUGUGGCAUACGAGUCUGGGGUUGUUCGUCUAGGUACGAAUUCCGGAGCAUUUACUUGGUCCCAGCUAUGGGAGCGCGUGGGCCUUGCAGCUUGUGCGGACUGGCCAAGCGAGUCUGGAGGGAGGUCCAGAUGUUGUAGAGUCUAUGCAAGGAAGUGUAUGGUAUGCGUUGUGUCCCCUCGGGUGACUAUCAAGGUGUGGGACAGGCUCCAGCGGUAGUGGAUAUUUUGUGCAGGUAGAAGGGAGGUAAAUGGUCCUUCUCCAUGCCAGAGUUCCCCCGGAUAGGUCUGCAUAGAAUGUUAGGGACAUCUCUUCAAAGAGGUAAGGUGAUUGUCCUCUGGUGGCCGCUAGGACUGCAACUUUAUCCCUAUGACUCUGGAACUGUAUCACCAGGUCCCCAGGAGCAGUAGGUGGUGCCUUGGCUGGUCUGAGCACACGGAAUAUUCCCUCUAGUGUGACCGCUUUGGCCAGCUUCGGAGUCAGCAAGGCCACGAGGAGCUGCCUAAUGAAGUGUGGAAGUUCAGCCUCUGUGAUAUUCUGCGCGGCCCCCAUGAUUUUCAGGUUCUUUUGGUGUCGCCUGUCUUCCUCCGUGGCGAAUCUGUGCUCAUUUGUGAGAUUCUGUUGCUGUAGCUCUUGAACCACUAGUUGUAGCUCCUUAAUCGGCCAGUUAGGCGCCGCAGGUCCUCAUGUAUCAUGGCCACAUCGGCCAAGAUUUUUUUGUGGAGGUCCGCCAUAAGACACAUUACUGGGAGUAUUAUUGCUGUGGAGCUCUGUUAUACACUCAGACACAUUACUGGGAGUAUUAUUGCUGGGGAGCUCUGUUAUACACACAGACACAUUACUGGGAGUAUUAUUGCUGUGGAGCUCUGUUAUACACUCAGACACAUUACUGGGAGUAUUAUUACUGUGGAGCUCUGUUAUACAAUCAGACACAUUACUGGGAGUAUUAUUGCUGUGGAGCUCUAUUAUACACUCAGACACAUUACUGGGAGUAUUAUUGCUGUGGAGCUCUGUUUUACACUCAGACACAUUACUGGAAGUAUUAUUACAGUGGAGCUCUGUUAUACACUCAGACACAUUACUGGAAGUAUUAUUACUGUGGAGCUCUGUUAUACACUCAGACACAUUACUGGGAGUAUUAUUGCUGUGGAGCUCUGUUAUACACUCAGACACAUUACUGGGAGUAUUAUUGCUGUGGAGCUCUGUUAUACACUCAGACACAUUACUGGGAGUAUUAUUGCUGUGGAGCUCUGUUAUACACUCAGACACAUUACUGGGAGUAUUAUUGCUGUGGAGCUCUGUUAUACACUCAGACACAUUACUGGGAGUAUUAUUGCUGUGGAGCUCUGUUAUACACUCAGAUACAUUACUGGGAGUAUUAUUGCUGUGGAGCUCCGUUAUACACUCAGACACGCCAACAAUAUGGAACAUCUAGAAAAGAGGGACAUUAGGGGGGGGAAAAGGUAUAGAGGGAUUUGGGCUUUAAGUAGGGACUGUCCCACCUAAACUGGGAUACUUGGGAGGUAUGAUUGCUAACAGAGUUCUGGAACCCCAUGCAGUUGAAGAUUCCAGGAUGGUCAAACAGGAUAUGUUGGAGGAGGAAUUAAGAAUAAAUAUUUAUUUCUGUUUUUCAGGUGGAAGUUGGACAUUUGGUAUCUCAUGUUGUGAAAUUAAUGGAGAGUUCCAAGUUACAGGCCUCAUCCCAAGAUAAUUAUCCCAAUUCGUUUGCGAAGGACAUGGAGCUCAAUCUAAGUCUGGAUAGUUUGCUGGAUUCUGACUCUGACAGUCUGACGCAGGAGAUUCAGUAUCAGUCUGAGCUAAAGCAUAGGAUAUCUGACCAUGAGCGGCCGGCAUCGCAUUCCUCGCAAGGAGCGUCAGGCGGAAGCUCCAACGAAAGUCAUAACUAUAAUGAGACAGAAAAUCAUUAUAUCCUGAGUGAAAAUCACGAUAUUUCAAAUGCGACUGUUGAUGAAAACAGCAGUGAAUUUCACAAACUGAGGUAAGAAUUAAUAUUGUGAACAGCCACAAGACGUUCUCACAUCUCCUAUCAUCAUAUCGUGUCAUAUAACAUGACGUCCUCACUGCAAUACAACUAUGAUAUCACUUUAUUAUUUACUUUGCUUUCAGGUUAAGUUGCAGUUAUACCGGGUGCAAGUCUUCCUAAAAGUAACACUUGAACCGCUACAGUGGUAGAGAUGGAAUAUAAUGUCUAUUUAAAUAGAAAAGAAACAGUGAAACAAAUUAAGUGCUAUGCCGUGAUCAAUGUGCAGUGUACAAAGUGAAGAAAUGAAAGGCCUGACGCGCGUUUCGGUGCUAUCCAGUGAAGCACCUUCGUCAGAGGCAAACAAGCUAAUGCUCGAAAAGUCACUUAUAUACCUUAUUCGCCGGUAUCCCAGCGGUGAUUCCUCCACCGGCGAAUAAGAUAUAUAAGUGAACAUUUUUUCUAUUUAUUUUAAUUUUGAAUUCACAUUGUAUCUGGAUUCCUCGAUUCUUACAUUUAAUGUACAUAGUAUACUUUUUCUAGACUACUGUAUAUUUCCAGUUAACACAGCUAGCCACAUGUGUCUUUUGGCACUGUGGCUAGUAUUUUGUGAGUUUUUUCUGUUUUUUCUGGAGUCUCCCCUUGGAACUGUUGAUGUUUUUUUUCUUGUCUGGAACACCAACAUUGUUGGUUGAUUUCCAGUAGAGAUUAACCAAAUUUAUCUUAUAUAAAAAUACACUUAGAAUGAAACUAUAUAUAUAUAUAUAUAUCUUUGUAUAUAUGAAUAAACAAAAAUAAUACGAAAUAUAUGUAUAAACCUCCACGGGUCCUGCACUCACUGCUCCCGGUCUUGUUAUUGCCUAGGUGCAAUCUCCGACCUUGGUAUAUACAAUGUCUUGUUGAAGAGCUCUCACAGGACAAUUUCUAAUAGUGCUUUUUUAUUGUAGCAUCAAUAUUCCAAUACAAUGUGUCUAAUAUAUUAUCCAUAUAUCCAUAUACAUAAUUACAUAAAUAAUUUCAUAAAUAUACACAUAGGCUUCAAAUAUAGAAAUAUGUAUAUAUAUUUAAAUUCUACGUGCAUAUUUAUGUAAUAUUUUUACAUAAUUAAAUAAUUUUAUUGUUUGCAAUUUGAGGGACCUGCCUGACAACCCAGGCCGAAAGUCCAGAGAAUUGAAUUUGCUAGCACUGUGUUUAACCCUCUAACUUUCCUGCACAUGGGGGUUACUGUUUUACUCAGGAGACUUCGCUGAAUACAAAUAUUAGUGUUUCAAAACAAUAUAUGGUAUCACAGCAAUGAUAUUGUCAGAUAAAGGGGUCUUUUUUUUUUGCAUUUUUCACACACAAAUUGAACUUUCACUGGUGAUAUCAUUGUUGUGAUAUGCUUUACUGUUUUGAAACACUAAUAUUUGUAUGCAGCGAAGUCUCCCGAGUACCCCACUAUGUACAGGUUUGAUAGUGUUUCUGAAAGUUACAGAGUCAAAUAAAAGGCUUGAUUUUCCUAUUUUUCCACAUUGAAAUUUGCUACAUUGUUUACGUUGCCUUUGAGAGCAUAUGGUAGCCCAGGAAUAAGAAUUACCCCCAUGAUGGCAUACCAUUUGCAAAAGAAGACAACCCAAGGUAUUGUAAAUGGGGUAUGUUCAGUCCUUUUUAGUAGCCACUUAGUCACAAACACUGGCCAAAGUUAGCGUUCAUAAUUGUGCUUUGCAUUUAACACACAAACAAAUAUGAAUGGUAACUUUGGCCAGUGUUUGUGACUAAGUGGCUACUAAGAAAGACUGGACAUACCCCAUAUUGAAUACCCUGGGUUGUCUACUUUAACCCCUUAAGGACACAUGACAUGUGUGACAUGUCAUGAUUCCCUUUUAUUUGAGAAGUUUGGUCCUUAAGGGGUUAAAAAAUAUGUACAUGUAAGGUGUGAUUCAGAGAUUUAUGACAGAUUUAUGUCACUAUUGAUACAUUUUAAAAAUAUAUAUUUUGAAACAGCAAUGUCCAACUUGUACUUAUAGCCCUAUAACUUGCAAAAAAGCUAAGAACAUGGUAACAUCCCGCCAAAAAGACCCAAGGAUGACACAGCAAGCACACUGGUCCAUUUCAAUCGAAACUCAUAUAACGCCCCCUUUUAGAAAAUAGCCUUGCAUACUCUAUCAAAAUGUUUGCACAGUAUUGUGGGAGUGUUGUAAAAGUGAUGUGUGUUUUGCAUUGCGGUAUGUUCUUUUAGGUCUUAUUACCAGACUUGUGAUGGUAAAUCAGUCUGUAUUGUGUCACUCAGUACCCAGCGCUACAUUUUACUACAUUUCUAAACACAAACAAUAAGAAGGAAAGAAAAACAAUACAAAUGUCGAUUCCUUGCUGUGAUUUCAUUUUAGCUGCAGUUUUGUUGUGUCUUGAAAAUUAAACAUUCACAAAACAAACUUCCAGCUGCGUCCAGUCUAUUAAGAUGCAUGUAACAAAGUUAAUAAGAUUGAAAUGACGUGUGUAAAUACCUAUAUAUGUCAAAAUACAACAGAAUAAUGAAAAAUAACAUUUUUCACUCUUGAAUAGUGAUUAAACACUGAAUUCUGGGGGUAUGAACUUUGUUGCAUUUUUUUCUUAACAGUCAAGCUGUGAUUAUAGAGUUUGUUUCUUUUUCAAAAGGUUAUUUUGCAGGUCAGUUUUCAGUUCACAAUAUAGUUUUUAUUGAAUAGAGCCUAUAAACAAAUUCUACCUGUGGAGUUUGUUUAGUUUGGAUUAUUCGUUUUGUGGGCUCGAGUUAUACACAGGCCAGCGUGGUGUUUAGUUAAUAAUCCCCGUGUGCACGCUCCUUCGGUUAUUGCGGUUUGUCUUUUAUUUUUUGCUCCACUCACAAGCAUGAGUGGGCUAAUGCAUAAAGAGUGAACUGAACAUAACAGCAAAAAUGUAUAAUGCAUGAACAUAAACAUUGGUAGACAUUUGUAACGUCCUGCAUAAUGGGCCAGUGAGUCGAGGUUUUUUUAAUAAGUAAACUAGAUGGUCCCGAUAAUCGACCUUUUGUCGGGCAACUGUUGGCAAGGUCCCAUGGGGACCCAAUAGGGUCAGUUAUUGCUGUGGAAAUAUAUGACGGUUCGUAGGGUGAACUUCCGCUUGGGUCUGGUGGUGUACCUAGUUGUCAUCACUAUUCAAUAGCGCUGGUUGUCUGGCUGAGAUAUAGCGUGAGUGAGAGGGGAGGCGAGUGGCAACCAGCCCUGGAGGUGAGCCUUGUGACACCCCCUGGGUUCGCUUGGCUAAUUUAAGGUUGCUUGUGGGUAGUGAGAUGGUGGCGCAUUACAAAAAAGGCGGGAUAAAAAGGAACCAAUGUAUAAAGGGUGGAGUAACCGCUGCAAAUGUGAAAACGAAUUAGACUUUUUUUUUUUUAUAAAAAAAAAUAAUCCAAUGCGUUUCCAUGGAAACUGGGUUUAGUAUUAAACUCCUGUCUAUUUACAUGUAGAAACUGGGGCAAGGACAUGUUAUUUACGGGCGAGACCAGAGUCCACAUGACAAGGCAAUUGUACAUUUUCCGCCGAGAAGCUGUGUUUUGCCCUAAAUGUUUCAAAUUCCCACAUUUUCAUGGAUCAAUUAAUAAAUCCAAACAAUAAAACAAUCAAAGCUUAAUCAUAAUUUAAAUGAAAUCCCUGUAUUAAUAAAACACAAACGCAAAAAUUAUGCUAAAUUUUCUAAAGCUAAUAGCGUCUUAUCAAAUAUGCAAAAGAAAUUGUAAAUAAAAUAUAUAUCGACAACCUGAAAACUUAAUUUGAAUAAUUCAUCUUUUUAUCCGCAUUUCUGAUGAGAACCAUAGCCUGAUUCUCGAAUUAACCCCAUGUGCGCCAGGAGUGAGUUUGAGGAAAUCGCGGAUUGCUGGAAGUGAAAGGAUUAAUUGGUUGAACCAAUAUAAAUGUGUGGUUUUUUUUUUUCACUGUUGUAAAAAGAAACUGCGGCUUUAUAAACUUGUUGAAUAGAUCAGUGCGAGAGAAGCUGGCAUUAGGAUCCCCCGCAGGGUGGCACUGCUCUGAUGAAGACUAAUGGAAUGGGUACAAUACAAAUAUCCACAGGGAAGACACUGCGCAAUGAUCACUUACACAUCCAUCUCCUCGUCAUGCUGGGUUAUUACAUAAUCUUUCAAUAGCCUGGGACAGCAAAUUAAUUACUUAUUCUAUAAUAAAUCACAUUCACUGUCCCAUUCAAAAUACACAUCUUUUAUUUUUAUCCCUUAAAAUGUGAUAUGUUUGUCCUUAAUAGCUGCAAACUGGUAAAAUAAAUGGUUUCUGUGCCUUUUUUCUAAAUAAUGAAAUGUAAAACUCUUGCGUUUUAACUUUCCCAGUCAUUCGAUUUGCUGCCCAGUGAUUUAUUUACUUAACUCUGCGGAACAUUUCAUUUUAUAACAAAAAACAAGUAGAAAUGGAAAGAACGAUUCGAAUCUUUAGAGAACAGGUUGAAGAGGCAGGGAGCAGCCGAAUGCAUUUUACAGGCUUAGAGCAAACAUUCAACUGCUACUUAAAAAGCCAAUCAUUCUGUAUAUGUAGUUCUAGAUAUUCACAUUUUGUUAGUUUUUCUUUCUGUAUAUAUAACUAUAUGAUAUAUACAUUGUAUUACCUUUAAAUAUAACUAUAUAGUAUAUACAUUGUAUUACCUUUAUAUAUAACUAUAUAGUAUAUACAUUGUAUUACCUUUAUAUAUAACUAUAUAGUAUAUACAUUGUAUUACCUUUAUAUAUAACUAUAUAAUAUAUGCAUUGUAUUACCUUUAUAUAUAACUAUAUGAUAUAUACAUUGUAUUACCUUCAUAUAUAACUAUAUGAUAUAUACAUUGUAUUACCUUUAUAUAUAACUAUAUAGUAUAUACAUUGUAUUACCUUUAAAUAUAACUAUAUAGUAUAUACAUUGUAUUACCUUUAUAUAUAACUAUAUAGUAUAUACAUUGUAUUUCCUUUAUAUAUAACUAUAUGGCAUAUACAUUGUAUUACCUUUAUAUAUAACUAUAUAAUAUAUACAUUGUAUUACCUUUAUAUAUAACUAUAUAAUAAUUACAUUGUAUUACCUUUAUAUAUAACUAUAUAAUAAUUACAUUGUAUUACCUUUAUAUAUAACUAUAUAAUAAUUGCAUUGUAUUACUUUUAUAUAUAACUAUAUAAUAUAUACAUUGUAUUACCUUUAUAUAUAACUAUAUAAUAAUUACAUUGUAUUACUUUUAUAUAUAACUAUAUAAUAUAUACAUUGUAUUACCUUUAUAAAUAACUAUAUAAUAUAUACAUUGUAUUACCUUUAUAUAUAACUAUAUAAUAAUUACAUUGUAUUACUUUUAUAUAUAACUAUAUAAUAUAUACAUUGUAUUACCUUUAUAUAUAACUAUAUAAUAUAUACAUUGUAUUACCUUUAUAUAUAACUAUAUAAUAAUUACAUUGUAUUACCUUUAUAUAUAACUAUAUAAUAUAUACAUUGUAUUACCUUUAUAUAUAACUAUAUAAUAAUUACAUUGUAUUACCUUUAUAUAUAACUAUAUAAUAAUUACAUUGUAUUACCUUUAUAUAUAACUAUAUAAUAAUUACAUUGUAUUACUUUUAUAUAUAACUAUAUAAUAUAUACAUUGUAUUACCUUUAUAUAUAACUAUAUAAUAUAUACAUUGUAUUACCUUUAUAUAUAACUAUAUAAUACAUACAUUGUAUUACCUUUAUAUCUAACUAUAUAAUAUAUACAUUGUAUUUCCUUUAUAUCUAACUAUAUAACAUAUACAUUGUAUUACCUUUAUAUAUAACUAUAUAACAUAUACAUUGUAUUACCUUUAUAUAUAACUAUAUAAUAUAUACAUUGUAUUACCUUUAUAUAUAACUAUAUAGUAUAUACAUUGUAUUACCUUUAUAUAUAACUAUAUAAUAUAUACAUUGUAUUACCUUUAUAUCUAACUAUAUAAUAUAUACAUUGUAUUUCCUUUAUAUAUAACUAUAUAGUAUAUACAUUGUAUUUCCUUUAUAUAUAACUAUAUAACAUAUACAUUGUAUUGCCUUUAUAUAUAACUAUAUAAUAUAUACAUUGUAUUACCUUUAUAUUUAACUAUAUAACAUAUACAUUGUAUUACCUUUAUAUAUAACUAUAUAAUAUAUACAUUGUAUUUCCUUUAUAUAUAACUAUACAAUAUAUACAUUGUAUUACACUCUUUUUCUGUAUAUAUAGCUAUAUAAUAUAUACAUUGUACAGUGGAACCUCGGAACUCAAACUUAAUCCGUUCCAGAAGGCUGUUCGAGUUCUGAUUUGUUUGAGAACCGAAUCAACAUUUCCUAUAAGAAUUAAUGUAAAUUUGAUUAAUCCGUUCCAGACCCCCAAAAUGAAAGCAUUUUAACACAAAUUUUACAGUUUAAUAAUACCUUAAAUGCCUAAAAUCAAAUAGAAAACAAAUAAUAAACACAAUGUGCAGUAAAUUAAAAUAAAAAUGUAAGUUCACUUUACCUGUAAUGAUGAGAGUUGAUGGCGUAAGUGGAAAGGAGAAGAAAUAUUUUUGGUUGGAUGGGGCAUUUAAAAUAUGUCUAAAGUGAGACAUAGCUUUAUAAUUGAACAUGUUUGUGGCAUGUUUUGUUGGGUACCGAGAAUUGUUUGUGUACCUAGACAUUUUUUUCUUGAAUUAUUCGUUCGACUACCAAAUUGUUCGGGUAAGGGACCGUUCGAGUUCUGAGGUUUCACUCUAUAUAUGUCUGUAUAUAUAACUAUAAAAUAUAUACAUUGUAUUACCUUUUAUUUCUGUAUUUAUAGCUAUAUAAUAUAUAUACAUUUUAUUAUUUUUAUAUUAGUAGGUUUAGCUAUAGGUAUUUCUACAUAUUAUUGUUUUUUUCUACUGAUUACAGAAAUUAGAAUAGUUAGGGCUAUAUAUUUUAACGGGGGUUUAAUUAAGAUGCUUGUUACAUGUUCCAGGGGAGUAUUCAAUGUCUCACUUUAACCCCUUAAGGACCAAACUUCUGGAAUAAAAGGGAAUCAUGACAUGUCACACAUGUCAGGUGUCCUUAAGGGGUUAAAAAUGUUGACAUGCGCGCUCAGGUCAUGGGUACGUUCCUGGCAUUUAACAAGGUUUGGCUUCCUUGUGAAAAUGUACAGCAUGUCUGCCCGUGGCUUGUGGCCCGAUGGCUCAGUUUUCUGUUGCUCAUUCUGUCUUCCUUCAUGUUUCCUUUUUCCAACACUAUCUCUAGCUCUCUGUCGCCUUCUCUCUUCAUUUUUAUGUUCUUAGCUCCACUGCCUCUUGUAGUGGCAAGAUACUAAUUGUUUGUCAAAUACUCUGUUACAAGUUACAUAUUGCCGCGUUCGUAUAUGGAUUGUAUGAUGGUUUUCUUGCUGUCUAUACGUAAAUAAAGAGUAGGGGAUAAAAAUGUCAACAUCAAAUGUUGAGUGUCAUUACAGUGCCUGGCCGAGAAUCAUGACAAUGACGGUCCACAGCAUCUUGAGUGCAGAUAUUUCCUUGUCAUAAGUCUCCCUUAGAGCUACCCGCACACCUUAAACAUUCCCUAAACCGUAAAGCUUUCUCACUCCAAGCCUACCUUUCCUGUUGCAAUGGGACGUUAUUGACUCUUAUGAAUGCAGCCAUAUUCAGCAAGAAAAACCGCAGCCGUUAAAUGCAUGGCCACCGGAAUCUACCCAUCAGCUAUCCUCUGCCUCCACCCCAGUAGGUAUAUGGAAGCCCUCACAGUGGGUCGCAAAGGUUGGGGAUGGGAGGGUAUUUGUGUAGGAGCAGACUCUACUGUUAUCUGACCAAUGCUGCUCGACCUGACUUGCUGUGGCUGUGAUUGCUGUUAGUGAACCUGCAGCAGCAAGAAUGUUAUUCUAACAGUGUCCAUGAUUUGAAAAGCCCGAUAGAUACUGUUUCCCACUUAUAAUGAAUAGCAUAGAAUAUCUGCACUGCUAGGGUAUACAAGUCUGGGAGAGCUGGUCUUUUCUUCUAUGUUAAAUUGCUCCAGCUGUGUCCAGCUGCGUCUGCACAGACACCGGUCUUGGUGCUGAUUCUAGCAAGAAGGAAACAGUGAGAUUUCUGUCUGUCCUUGGUCUGUGUCAAACCACCUGUCGGGCUAUUCACUAGAGUGAGAAUUAAAAGUGAAUUUCCAAUUUAAGGUCAAACCGAACUAGAAAAACUCACUCGGGCAUUUCAUUUGAAAUUCACGUUGAAUUCUCACUUUAGUAAGUAACACUGUCUGUCUUAACAUGCGCCAGCCGUGGUUUAAAUCCACAUUGAAUUCUCCCUUUAGUAAGUAACACUGUCUGUCUUAACAUGCGCCAGCCGUGGUUUAAAUCCACAUUGAAUUCUCCCUUUAGUAAGUAACACUGUCUGUCUUAACAUGCGCCAGCCGUGGUUUAAAUCCACAUUGAAUUCACCCUUUAGUAAGUAACACUGUCUGUCUUAACAUGCGCCAGCCGUGGUUUAAAUCCACAUUGAAUUCACCCUUUAGUAAGUAACACUGUCUGUGUUAACAUGCGCCAGCCGUGGUUUAAAUCCACAUUGAAUUCACCCUUUAGUAAGUAACAUGCGCCAGCCGUGGUUUAAAUCCACAUUGAAUUCUCCCUUUAGUAAGUAACACUGUCUGUCUUAACAUGCGCCAGCUGCGGUUUAAAUGCACAUUUCGGAUUUAGGUGAUGCCAGGCACUGAUCCAGAUGGUGCCAAGGAGAGCAGCUGUUAUGUUCCGACUUCCAGAAAUGUCUAAGUGUGAAUUUAAAUGUUGCAAACCAUUUCACGGCAAGGUGGCCAGAUGUUCUGUAGGUUGAAAUGACCCUGGAUUUGCCAAGUUUGCUGAAUUUUUAUUAAUAUACUUCAUAUGAUUUCGUUCUUAUAUGUGUCUGUCAUUGGAUUGGCUGUGGUUGUAUAAAAAACAUGAGUUUUAUUCAGUAUGUAACAAUGUUUGGGACAAUCUGAGCCGACAUGUUUAGCAAUUUACAUUUAAAGACUAUUGCGAUCAAUGUAUCGCUAAAUUAACAUCUUAAUAACGCAUCAGCUUGCAAAUAAGUAAAAUGCAGUAUAGAUGGUAAAAUAAAUUAAUUAUAGAUACAACAAUAUUGUCAUUCUGCUUGAUAUCAUAUAAUUGCAUACAGUAAAUGGUUAAUUAAAUUGAUAAGAGGAAUUUCUAGCUUUAAAUCGAAUACCUUUUUGUUUUAACUGCAGUCAUUAUCCACUAUGACAGCGACGCAGAGUUCGCUGUUCCGUGUAAAUUAAUACAGAGAUUGCUGAAUUUGGGUGAAUUUAUUUUAACCUUUCAGGAACUUUCUAAGUGGCAUUUGUGUUGCCAAAUCGCUCAUUUUUACUGGGCAUGAAAUUGCUUCCCAUGUAAUUUAUGCGCUCGCGUGUGAAACCGGUUAAUUACUCUGUAUUACAUGUGCGGUAUUUUCCAUGAUUGGUUAAUUGUUUCCACACUAGAAGCACAUCAAUCCUACAAAUGGAGGGAAGCUCCUUGGAACCACGUACCACAGAAUGCGGAAUACGUAACAAUCCCAAAAACCUGGCGAUUGGACUACCCUGUGUGAAUCGGUGGUUUAUGAAGGAAUAAUUAAUUGAUGGGUAUUUUUUGACCUUUGUGUUAAUGAAUCCCUCACGUGUUUCUGUCUUUCAAUUCAAUUUAAAACAGGUUCAUAAAACGUACAUUAAAAUCAGGAACCUGCAUAAUUUUCAUCAAAAGAAAGCACUGGGUGCGUUAAUUUCUUCCACUUCAUGUAAAUUUCAUUAACAAACUAUUACAGUUUGAAAACGAUGAAGACUUAUAGCAACAAUCAAAAGCAUUUAUUAUUUUUCACGCUUUGAGUACUUGUAUAUUUGAAAUAAUGCACUAAAAAGGUUUGGUUAAUUUCGCCAGAGUUUGAAACUGCAAAUUAAAACUAACUGACAAUUGUCGCAUUAGUGGCACGUUAAUUUAGCGUGUGUGUAAUAGCUUUUCUUGUCGCGUUCGUUGCACACACUAUUUACAUUUUUAAAAAUGCCUUUUUAAUUGAUUAAGAUAAAUGUAGUUUAGUAAUGAGUGGCUUUUUCGUAUAUUAUCGAGAACGAGCGUGAUUGCUGAGAAUUUUCUUUAAUAUAGUCAGCUAAUUGCACCUUUAAUUCCGUGUUAAGGACGCUAAUUUAAACACAUACUCUAGGUAUGGGUUUUUUAUAAUUCAGAAACAUUCUAUAGGUAAGGCUGCUAAUUAAUUACCAGCCUUUUUUCACAUUAAAAAGGAACAAUUCUAAAGUUAAAUAAAGCUACUAUUCAUUUUGCUUUUAUUUUUCUCUUUUCUUUUUUUUUCUUUUAAUUUGGAUUUUAAAAUGAAUCUUGCAGAGCCUGGCAUUCAAUGCAAAUUAAUGAGUCACAUGACUUCUUGCUCACACUCUGGCAGAGCAACACGUUAUUCUAAUCUUUAGAAGUCUAGUGUGAAGCCUGAUUGCUAACACUAGUUGCCUGAUUUUCCUUUGUAAACAUGUUCCCUGCACUGAGGCUGUGUUUGUAUGUGGCUAUCAAUAAACAGGAAAACGGUUAAAUUCACAAACCCUUGUAGUUAUUGACCUUUAGGGAAAGAUGUAGAUGCAUUGAGAUUGGCUGCAAAGAUUGAGUUUGUUUCAGUGUUCCUAAUGUGGAUCAAUCAGCAGGAACAUUUCAUUCAUUUACACGGUAACUGCUUACUUCUUUUUUUUUUUUAUUAUAAUUUCUUUAUUUAUAGUUUUUCAAUAUUUCGUUUAGCGAAAGCAGGGAUUACAGAAUAAAGAAAGGGACGUGGGUACAUUUCAGGAGUAUUACAGUAUCAUUGGUAUCAAAAAUGAAAAGCAUGUCAUUUUAGUGUACAUCAGAUUACAUCUGUGCAGGUAAUUCAAACUUCGAAGCAUACCAAAGGCACAAAUGAAUGCAGGUACAAAUAGGUAUAUUGAUUACACUAGGAGACAACACAGCUGUGGAAGUUAGAUCAUUUUUAACAGUAAAAUUUAGUGUUUCGUGCCUUAUAGCAAUUACUGAGCCAGGUAUUUAUGAAAUAUUUAUAUUCUUGUGGCAAGAGUCCCACAUAGACAAUUUAUAUAUUUUCUGCAAAAAGAUUCAUUUGUUCCUAGUUUUUGUGCCAUUGUGUUAAAGAAAGUUCAUUGUCCAUUUGUAAGCCCUUUAUUGUACAUUUUUAAAUGGUUCCCUUUUUUUUGUUGUUUUUUUCUUUAGCGCACAAAAAGUCGAUGUCAGUUAUUCUAGUUUACGAUACAACCCUGACUGGAAGAGAAAUCAGAGUUUGGAAGACAUUGCUGCGUCAUUACAGGAGCUAGAGGAUUUCUCUGAUGAUUCCUUGUCAGGAUAUGAUUCAACCCCAGAGGAGCCAUCACUAAGGAAACUGGAGAGACGAGUGAAACAGCCGGAUAAACUAUCCACGGAUCAUAAGGUUAUCGGUUCCUCACACAAAAAUAAAGCCCCUCUGGACACCACCGCAGAGCACAAUAAAGAUUCUUCUGUAGCAAUGCCUUCACAUGGUACACGGGAAAUCCCUGCCAUGAAUGAGAAUAACAAAAGCCAACUGGGAAAGUCAAAAAACUCACAAAAGGACUUAAUUGAAAAGAACAAGCAUACUUUAGGGGUGCGCGGUCCCAAGGCACAUUCAUACCUAGAUAUUCACAGGAAGAAAGCAGACGAACAGAUGCCAACUAAGGUAGGCAAUGCAACGUUGGGUAUUUUCGCUGGCACCCUCAGAACACCGAGCUCCAGCUGGUUAGGAGUGCCAAGGUUGGAUCACUAAAACAAACUGAAAAUAUAAUAAAACUGAGAACGGGCAGAAACCUAAUAGUUUGCCAUCUGCUUAGCCCCCGCUCAGGUUACACGCAGGUUUUACUUACCUUGUGUCGUGAGAAGCCAGACAUGCUGGAUAUUAGACCGAUCCCACUGACAAAGACUGCAAGGUCUCAGACCUGUCUUUGUUCCGGGGGGUUGCGUACAACACUUCAUGGCAAGUGUGGUAGGUUCCCUCCCCCCCCCCAGAGAUGGAACACUGCUGGUGGAGGGAGUAAUGGGGGCAAGCCAGUGAUGUGAUUGUAUCACUGGUUCCGCUCGAAGGGUUGAACUGUCACAGAAAAGGGGGUAUGUCCGCCAGAAUUACUGGCAGGUCAGGUGGUUUGUCAAUCACGCUGGCUAGCCCACUAAGGGCUGCUCAAUGCAAAGAAUACUGUUUCAAUCUGCUAUUACCUGGUACCAUGCUAUGCAUGUUUGGGACAAUUCUGGGAUGACAGGACAGACCCAAAUAUUAGGACUGUCCCACUGAAUUCAAGAUGAUUGGGAUGCAUGUGUAGGUAUAUGGAAUCACUUUUCAGCAGACAUUGUAGAGGUUAAUACAGUAAGGAAAUACAAACAUUUAUUGUGUAGGUACCGAACUGAAAGGGGUUAAAUACAUGGACUCACCCUUCAGCGGAGCUGGUAAAGGUUUAAAGCGUAGAGUGUGGUAGAACUGAGACAUCCAGAGCUAGGACCUGAAAAUUUUUAAGACUUAAGAAAUAGAAUAGGUAGAAAGCUAGACAGAAUAGUGCGCCAAAAAAUGUCCGCCUGGAUUACACAGCUGCCCUUUAUAAUAAAAGCACCUCCAAUAAUGAAGGAAAUCAUUGUAUUGCUUCCAUUUCCCUCGUAUUAAGCUCUAAAAAUGAAUAUUGAAAGCACGACGCGGUGCAGGUAUUGACAAACUAGAUGCAAUUACUUGCAGUAAGUGGACUGAUUAAAAUUGAAAUAAUUACACAGUCAGUGGUUGAAUUAUUGAAUAUAACCGCAAAUCCAAGAGAAGAAAAGAGAUUUAUGUGCAAAGAGCACAAAAAACAGACCAGAAGGGAACAGGAAUCCAUCUAAAGGUACACGUACAACUUUACCAUUAUUAUGGCAUAGAUUGCUAGCUCAGUGGGUCAAAUUGUAACUACUGUAUGACGAAUAGCACUUUCUGACCUCGGCUAGAUUAAGAGCCCAUUGGGCUUGGUGCUGAUGAUUACGAUGGGCUUAAUUACUGAAUUUUAUUGACAAAAAACAGCCUUUGCUCCCGGGGGUCCUGUAUCUGGUGGAGGUGGUGCUGGAGGGAAAAUCACAGGAUGCAGCUCUAAGAAAAUGCAUACCCUAUGCUAAUCUCUCUCUUUCAUCUCUUAACCAAAUACAUAAGCCCAUAACAGCACCGUCCAGUGAAGUGGGAUUUUGAAAACCGGGUAAACGGUGGGACACUGACGUGAAUCAUGCAGUCCGCACCGCCCAGGUGUUAGAGAGACCGAAGCAGCAACAGCAUUUACACAGUGCACAAACUCAGCUUUACCUGAACUAAUUUAUAGACAACCAGUCCACAUACAUUUUGGUCCCCUACAUCCCCUAUAAAUUCCUGUACGUAAUUCCCUCUGCACAAAGCAAGUGCAUUUGAAGAGUAGUAAAAAAUAUUUUUUAUUUUUUUAAAUCAAUGGGCCUGGAGCUUCAACUCCAUCAGCCUCUAUGUUAAUCCAGCCCAAUUUCAUCCUACAAUAGAGGGGAUUGUGAUCUGCUAUUUAACUUUCUCCUUGCCAAAGCUUUACAUUAAUAAAUAAAUGAUAUGUUAUUAUAUAUCAUUAACAAGAAAUGUUAAUUUAUCUCAAUUACAACCCACUAUUAAUAGCAGACAUGAUAAUUAUGAACUGCAGCCCCCAUAAGGAUACCUGCUCUUUUCUGAGUCUUGCACCAACUUAUACAUUUAUGAAACAAGACAAAAUGUGUAGCCAAUUUGGAAGAUGCCACCAGUUGCAGAGUGAGUUCUAAAUACAACAGAAAAAGAAGUGAAAACAUAUUCGGUAUUUUUUUUAAAGUUUUUUUUUCUCAUUUUUAGUGCGUUCUCUAUGUAAACUUUAAACGACUAUACUAUCAAAACAAGAGCGAUUUAGCAAGGAAGCAGACGUUUAGUCUGUAAAAACCGUCUGUCUCCUCCCCAACAUGCAGAGGGCGUUAUUGUGAACUUAUUAUCCGGAAAUGCCAUUUAUAUCGCUAGGUGAAUUACAAAUGUUUUAAAAUUCCCUUUAUCCGCAAACAAAAAACCCCGAAGUUUUCAAUCUACCAAAUAGUAAGAAACGUGGAAUGACAUCUUCUAAUUCCAGCAUUAUCUGCCAAUUUAUCCAGCCGCAGAUAUUAUGCCAAUUGUGUAAAAGCAUAAUUGUUUUUUAGAUAUGCUGGUUUCACAUUCAGAGGGUAGUUAUGGUUUUUGUAUGCGUGUUGUUUUGCUUGUAAUAUUCUCUCUAAUAUGAACUUUUUAGUGUUUUCUUAUUCUCUAAGAAGAAUCCUGUGUGUUUCUUUGAGAGAAAUGGAGCUAGAUGCCCAAUCUAGUUCAGCUGUCCUCCGAGAGAGUUGCUUUCUUACCUAUAAACCAUUACUUCAAAGGAAGGAACAUAAUGUACAGUUUUCUAAUGGCACUAGAGUUGCUCCACUCAGACUGCGCGCACCGUAGCCGGCCUCACUGUAAACACCUAAUCAUGAUUGUGUGCGCUUCUACAAUAGCAGCCAAAUGCAAUUCGAGGAGCUCAGUCCUUUGAAGUCCCUGCAGCGAAGGCCGGUUUCCUAGUCUCACAUAAUGACGGGGUAUGAUUGCUGUCUUUGUUGUACCUUUUCUGUAGAGAAGCAAUUAUAGGCCUCAAUUUAACAGAAAAAGACAUUACACAGCUUAUGUUGCUCAAAAUGCAAUUUCAUUUGAUCAUUUUCUCAAUUUGAUUGGUAUUAAUAGAAUAGUUCACAAAAAGAUGCAGCCAGAGGUUGUGUCCUGUUCCACUUUCAAAGGGAUAAUGUGGAAGUAUGCCUCGCCGAGUGAACCAGCUCCGCUCUGAUACCAUGUGUUUUCCAAAACAAGAUAAUCAGGAGAAGGCAAAAAGCAGGCGAACGGAUGAUUUGUUUCCUAUUUUUACAGAGUUGUAGGUGUUUACCACGUAGAAAAAACAGCUAACUAUCAAAUAAUGAAUCAUUUCUGACACAAGACUUUUGCUACCCCCUGUUUAAUUUGAUGGGUUCAUAUUAUGUAUCACGGCUGAUGUUGUUAGUAAUUAUUACGAUUUAGCGCGCCCAUAGACUUGGUUGUUUUUUUUUAUCUUUAGUUUUUGUAAAGUGCUGCAAAGUUUACUGUUUGGCUGUAAUCCAUUGUGUGAGAUAAAAGAAUCGUCUGAUCGCCUGUGUCUCCUUAAUAUCAUUGAUGACAAUAAAUGCUAAUAUCGGUCCGACUGCGCACCCUUCUCGUCAGCUUACGGCUCCAUUAUCCGACCAAACACUUUCUGAUUCAGUAGGACGACUGCCUUCAGACCUCAAUUAGCACAACAGGCUGUCCACAUUAGAAGCACUUUAAACUCUUUGUAGGAGAAAAUCAAGCAUUAUUUUAAAUACCAAAUUUGGAAACGGCUGCGUCUGAAUGCUACAUAAUCAAUGUGUAUGAUACAAUAGGUCACGGAGAGAGGAAAACGGAUCCAACAAGCAUUGCGCAGGAAGUUCUAUGUACUUAGUAUGGAUCGUGGUUUAGAGAAUGAAAUGUUUUCCUUUAAAUAAAAAUCCCACUUGGAUGAAUUCAGGAAUAGCAGCAUUGGGGACCUGGUUUGGGGCUACCCUACCGAACUGCCGUGCGAGCCUGUAUAGUGACAAAAUAGGGCAAAAAUAAUAUCAGGGACUCUCGCACGGAUCACGAUAACACCAAUUUCUAUCUACCGAUAUUUUAGGCAGAGAUGUAGUGUAGCAAGCCUAGCUCUAUGUCUUGAAUACAUUGUACUUUGGCAACCCAUUGUACAGCGCUACGGAAUCUGAUGGCGCUAUAUAAAUAAUAAAAUAAUAAUAAUAAUAAUUGUGAGCAAUGGGAAGUUGUGUUAUGACGUCAUUACCCAGCAUGGCUUUGCGUCACUCAUUAUUCUGGCAGCUCUGGGCCAAUGGACAGGACUGGAAGAGAUCAGUGUUAGCCAAAACUCAGAUUGCCUUCCUCUCGUUUGCAUGACUUGCCUUGUGGGAGCUAUGGAGUCCAACAAGUGUCUACUUAAUGCAAUAAAAACCUAAAGAGUAAUUAAAAAGAAAUUCAAUUUUAUAUUUGAUAUUUGUUUCCACUGAGGAAAAUAAAUUUCAUGUAACAUGGAAAGUUUCCAUUUUGCCUCAGUUUUGUUUUUUCCCUCUACCUGUUUGGUUGAUUUCUGUCUUUAUCCAAAUUAAUGCAUUUUAAAGUAUAACUGCUACUGUAGCCUGCUGAGAGCUCUUUGCAGUCGCCUUUGUUCUCAGGAACCAUUGACGAAUGAAUGGCAGAGAGUAUGGCAGGCCCUCGGCGGGAAGCUGCGGCCAGGAUAGCACUCAAUAAGCAGGCGGUGUGCCAGACAGAGUAAAUGCUAUCACUCGAUGGCCUGGAUAGUUCUGUCUUCUCAAAAUAACAUUUCAGUUGUGUUUUAAAAGUGAAUGCAUAAUGAUUCUGAUCUUUUAUAAAAUCGAACCUUUUUAUCGAGAGCUCCUAAGGAAGAGAGACACAUUAUUCAGUGCAUCAUGAACCCUAGAAUUCUGAGUUUAGAACAUCCUUUCCUUAUUGAUAGACCAUGGCAGAAUGUAGUGGAAGUCAAUUUCUGAUAUUCGUCUCAGCAAAUUCAAUUCAGUCUCCAUCUUGUCGCCAACAGGCAACAUGACCGCCAGUUCACUGAUUUUUAAAUGGUAGCAGUAUGUAAAACCUGGUUUUUCUGUUUUUUCAAGUUUCCAAGUAAGUCAACUUGUCACAUUUCACCAGUCACUGUAGAGAUCCCUGUAUGUUUUCUGGUUUAAUCAGAUCUUGGGGCGCAAUAUUAUUAUGCGGCGUCCCUUGUCAUGCGUAUACCAUGACAUACACAUUGUAUAAUAUACUAUGACAUAUGUCAUAAUAUGAUAUACACAUAUAGUAUAAUAUACACAUUGUACUGGAAUAUGUGUGAAAUCCCAAUACAGCCAGAUGUAUCUCCUGUAAGUGUGCGUGGGAAAGUGCACGUCAUGUCGAUAUUAAACAAGGUCUUUGAGAAGUUAAUAUUUAAGGAAAUUAUAAUUAGUUGUGGAAAGAAAACAGUUUAAACACCAGGAUAAGAAGGUUAGUAGAAAGUUGAUUUGUCCGUAUGAGAAGAUCACAGCAAGUUUAGAAGUCUUAAAUUAGAGAAUUGUGCAAAAAAAUAAACAGAACCAUCGAGGGGUUUAGAGAAUAAUUGCAAUGAAUGUGAUGGGGUAUGUUAUUAGGCUUUAUUGAUAGAAAAUGAUGGAAUGGUGUCAGAAAUGCUAAUAAUGCAGAAUUUCAAGCACGUUUAGGUCCAAAUCUAUGUCACCACGUAUAACAGCUCUUCCAGCAUAGUUCUGUCAUACAAACUGUAAGCAGGCCUUAAUUUGGAAUUGGGUCAAUGUAUUUUCAGAGAGGGGACAGUGCUGCUAGAGUCAGGUCUUUCUUUUACUUAGGUCGAUUAGAAAUGUACUUUGGGAUCUAAUUUUCUUUGGGUUUUAUUGUCACACAUCACCUUUAGGAGAGGGUACAAAAGCCAACAUGACAUAAAACAUUGUGUAAUAGUACUGCACUUUUCUGAACAUUCUAUUUUCAGUCGAUGGACACAUUUACUUCAAUAAACCGUUGUAAUUUCAGUUAUUAAUGCUUAGAACAUAUAAUUUCUGUGCACAAUGCUUUACAAACGCUAGCAUAUAUCUAUUUUAGGAUCAGAAGAAAGAACUUGAAUCAAUAAAGAAAAUAUCAAGUCACUCUGUCACUGACAGACACCUAAAAAUAAAAUGUCCAGCUUCCGAACAAUCUGAAGACACUGAAAAUUCGAGCACAGGUUUUUCCACAAUUAUGUCCGAUAGAAAUGCGUCAGGACCUCAGUGUUAUCUUGAGAAUAGGACUGAAUUAUCUAGUAAAAACCAGGCAAGCGAAAGCACUUCUUCCUUUGGUUUUAUAGACUUAACUGCUUAUUCAUAUGAGGAACCGCAUGGUAUGAAUUAUAAUUCUGAAGGCCAACCCCCGAGGUACUCCUUGCCAAGAGAGAAUCAGAGUUUACUUUGCCAUCAGACUAUUUCCGAUCCACAAAGUCAUAUCUUUCUCAGGUAAGAAUUCAAUUGUGUAGUGCUGUUAUUUUAUGUUGAAAAAUGUAAAGGAAUUAAUGGAUUUUUUUUGCCAAUGUUUAAAAAGAGUAGUUGAGUAAUCCAUUGUAGGAUUUUAAUGAGCUCUGAAUGAAAAUACAAGUAAUUCAUUUAAUUCUGUAUAAUUUACAGUAAAUAAUUCUGUAUUUGUGUUUCCAUUAUUUAAUUUAGAUAAAUUACUGUGAUGCAAUAUUACAAGUCUUGUAUAGCUAUACUGUUAAUGACUUGUAAUCUCCCAAUCUCACAACCUACUGUCUGUUCCUCCCUUUCGGUAUGGUCCCCUGUGUUAUUAGGUCCCCUAUUUUUAUACUGUCCCCCCAAAGCUGUCCUCGCCCCUCUUUAUAGGCUAUUAUCUGCCCUCCAACUUCUCUUCGGGUUCUGUUACCCAGUGAUGAUGAGACGUGAUAGUUAAUGGUUAUUCAUUCUUGAUUGGUUAUUUUAUUCUACAUCCUUGCUCAUGAAUGUCCAAUAUCCAAGUCUGAUAGUCCGAUACCUGUAUCCCUUUCAUUGUUAUUUACUAUGAAUGUGUGCGCUGUGGGAGAUAAUAUCUGAGUCGUAAAUUAAUUAAGAUGGAAAUGUCUUGUCUUUCAAUGAACAGAUUGAUCGACUCUUUGUCAGCCAUCAUUGAUUCCUGCCUAUUGUCCACAGGCCUUGUUCCUUGUCCUGUCUAAGAUCAGUUGUCUUCGUUCUUUGUGUUUCUCCUUUCUUAUAUUUUUGGGUGACUGGUUACUUAAAUACAAGCAGAAAGGUUUUUCUCUGCCCCAGUGCCAAUUAGUGAAAAAUCUGAAAGAAUAGUCAGGAAAAAAAUAGAACCCAAGGAUUUACAUUACCAACAUGGGAUUAGUGAAAGGCAGAAAUAAAAACAAACAAACUGUUAAUACAUGAUGUGUACCUUUUAAUAUUCAUAGUGCUUUUUUAGUAGAAGGACAUGUAACCUCACCUUUUUACUGUAUUAAUAAAACUCACUUUAUUUUGUAUUAAAGGCAUUUUUAUCCUGGACCGGAGAUGGACUCGGAACCAUUCUUACAAAACCCUUCAAACGGUAAUUCCGAAUUCCAAAAUGAUAGGAAUAUUCAAAGACAUGGACAGAGGGAGGGGACCACAUCGUACACCCAUGAACUAAGCCCUCCAUUACAUGGAUCUAAUGGCUUCUCUCUGAUUGACACUGAAAGCGAAGGAAACGUUAACAGUAGCGACUCCAUCUCAGAGUCUGAUCCACAUCACAUACCCAGGAAUAAGUCGAUGGACAAAGCAGAGACACAGGUAGGGAAGGAAGGGGACCCCAACACUUACCAGAAAAAUAUACAAUGCAGUACAAUACUAUACAGUACCUGAAUCUGGAAUGAGAUUCCGAAUAUGUUGAUAAAUGAUAAACGUUGAACAAAAUACAUAACAAUAUCCAUUUUUAAUGUUUAGGUGAAACUGUUGCCUAUCUGUUGUCUGCCCAAAAAUCUCUCUACACUAAUCUAUAGAUGCAUGCAAACGAUGUUUAAUAAUCCAUAAAUCAGUCUUUUUACUUGAAAUUAUUUAUAAAACCUGCUGUAUAUAUCGCAAGCUCUCAAACCAGCUUUAAUUUUUAUUCUUCAUUUUAUAGGCAGUCGUGAUUAUUCCAUCUUAAUAAGACUAUCACAUUCUUUUUUUCUUAUGUUGUCUUUGUUGAAGGUUUAUUUUUAAGUAAAGUAGCGAUCAGGGCCCAAAAGUACCAGUUCUGUAGUGGAGUGGUCUGACUGGCAAAAAAAACGACACAUUGAUGAUGCCGCUAAAAUAUGAUGUCACGUGACAUCACUCAAAGAGGGAACACAUGGUAAGGGAAGUCCCUAUUAUCAAGUGUUUUGGCGACACUGAUGACUCGAGAACCACAUAAAAUUAUACAGUAUUCUUUAUGCAGCCCAUGUAAUGUGAAAUCCAAAGAACCCAGGUCCACCUCGCAAUACUCACCUAAUACUGUGUUACCCUGUAAAUGCUACUCUUUCUCUAUCUCUCUCUCGUUCCAUGUUUACUCUCUCUAUCUCUCGCUCUCGUUCCUUGUUUACUCUCUCUCUCGUUCCUUGUUUACUCUCUCUCUCUCUCUCUCGUUCCUUGUUUACUGUCUCUCUCUCUCUCGUUCCUUGUUUACUCUCUCUCUCUCUCUCGUUCCUUGUUUACUCUCUCUCUCUCUCUCUCUCUCUCUCGUUCCUUGCUGCCUAGUAAUUUAUUAGCAGUUUUAUUAUAGUGCUCCAUGUUAUUGCCAGCGGGAUUAUGUACCAUGAUUUUGACUAUGGGAUCAUAUCUUAUUGGAAAACCUUUUAAUAGAAAAUAUUAAAAAUUGUUGAUUAUGGUUGAAUAAUCCACCAGCAUCAAAUGUGGUGCGCCCCAACCGCAAAUGCUGAACGUCGCAGCCUGUCCUUGAAGUCGACCAUCUUGGAGGAGGAGAAAGUGAUAUAUUUGUAAUCUAUGUAUAUGAUGGAGAUUUCACUACCUCACUGUAUAGAUAACAUGCACACCUACCUGAAGACUAACUAAUCAAUCUUACAUGUUGUAGAUGCUGAAUCUGCUUUAAGUUUCCCAGCUCCUAAAUUUGUGAAAUAAAAUGUGAAAAGGGAAAAUGGAAGUUCAGCAGCAUUGAGCUGAUAUGUAUUUAAUAGCAGGCCUUGGAAUAGAAAAUGAUACUAACAGCUAUAAGUACUGGAGCUUGUUUGCUGCCAAAUUACCCCUAUUAGCUGCUCACCAAUCUAUGUACAAAGUGAAAAUAGAACAGGAAAUUACAUGAUAGCAGCACACCUUGAGUGUUGGAAUAAGACGCAAGGCUAAUUUAGUAGCAUCAAGUACCUCGAGAUUACAGGGAGAGAAAAGGAGCUUCGUUUGUGUAAUUUUACUGGAAUAUGGGCUGAAAUAAUGCCAUAAUGGUCUGCAUUAGUUCAUUCUUUAAGGAUGUACAAGUAUUUAUCACAGAGCUACAUUGUUCCUCUUUAAAUACAGAAAUCUAAAAAUAUAAACAAACUGUUAGGAAUGAGCAUCCUAAACAUCACGAGAAAUGGCAAUGUACAGGCGAUGCUGCGUACCAGUAAUGGCAUGUGCAGGUAACCUUUUGUAUCAUCAAUGUGUUCUGUACAGGUGAGGUUAUAUACCAGUGCUGUUAUGUACAGGUGAUGCUCUGUACAGGUAAUGCAGUGUUCAGGUGAUGCUCUGUACAGGAUGCUGCACUGGGAAGAUGAUGCUCUGUACAGAUGAUGCAGUGUGUAGGUGAUACCCUGGGAAGAUGAUGCUGUGUGCAGGUGAUGCUGUGCAUGUGAUGAAGUGUAAAAUUAACAGUCUGCUACUAAAUGUUUUAUAGUAGCAGAACUACCCUAAUCAGACUCUCUUCUAGUCUUUUAUCGUGUACGUCCCUCAAAACUCAUCUUUUCAGAAAUGCUUAUGGCCUCCCACAGUAACUUCUGUUUCACAAAUCUGUGUCUUUCUCUCCCCUAGAGGGCCGCACUCCACUCUCACCUCCAGUUCUGAUACUUUCCCACCUUGUUUGUUUGCUGUCCCCCUUGAUGCCUUUCCUGUGUUUUUAUACCCCGCCUCCUCUAGACUGUUCGUCUGAGCCAGGUCCUCAUUAUUAUUUAUAAAGCGCCAACAUAUUCCGCAGCGCUGCCUAUUGUUCCCGUAUCAUUGUGAAAAUUAUAUAUUUACUAAAUGACACAAUUCUAUAAAUGAUUUAUUGUUAAAUUUCCCGCUUGCACAAUAGUGUAAAGCGCUGUGGAAUUUGUUGGCGCUAUAUAUAUAUACCAAUAAUAUUAAUAAUAUAAACAAGCAUGAUUCACUUAUUUUGUUAUUUUAUCAUUUUCUGUUUAUAAGCAAAUUGUUAUAUAUAUUUUUUUUGUCAUUUGGUUGUUUCCAUGUUUUUCCCAAUAGUGAUAUAAAUCAGUAAAUGCUGACAAACACUGUAUUCUUUCUAUCCAUUUUGUUCUUAUGGAAAUCGUAGAAGGUCAAUCCGUAUUUACCAGCCACCGAUAAACCACAUGUUUGAAUAUUAUAUUUUAAUUACUAUCCCCCGCGUUAAUGAAUGACUGCUUAUUGCAUUAAACAAUAUCACAUUAAACAAAUUUACCUGGUCUGCUCUGUCAAUACUAUUUAGGAUAGAGUGUGCUAUGUGAGAUCGCCUUGUGUUGGGCCUCCGCAGGAAUACCUGAUCUUUGUUUGCUAAUCCACUUGUCAUUUGGUCUGAGUAUUGAUUUGGAAGCCGGAUCAGGGCUGCAGUGCAGCGCAUGUUGUUUUACAUUGCAAAUUGCUGCUUCUGUAAAAUAGAUUUCUUGUUAAACGCAGUUGCAGACCUUCUACAUUCUAUUAAAUUACAGCCAUGUUUAUUCAGAAAAUUCAGAGCCAGUAAUAAUUAAUAGAACGCAAUUAUAUUUUAACAAUGAGCAUCAAAGGGCCCCAACAGGUAAAAUAGUGAAAUCUUGACCUCCCAUUGAGAUAAAAAGCCAUUUUCAUUAUGUAAGAUUUAGUGACCAGAGUGCGCGGACACAUAUGGUAAUGUAUGGAGGGGAGGGAAUAAUGUUUCCCUUUAUUAAAUGAUUAAAUAGUUGAUUUCAGAUCCUGCUAGCUGACAGACAAUGAGUCCAGCUUGUCGCUUACAUUAAUAAACUGAAAUUCAGCACAUACUUAGAUUUUUCUCUUUUUUUGGGGGGGUGUGGGGGGGCAGGAGGGGGGCUGAAUUAAUUACUUGUUGAGUUCACCAUCAUUCUGUGAGCAAGUAAGUGGACUAUCAGCAGAUCCAUUGCAGGUGGAUCAUUUGUUAGCUCUGUAGGCAAAAAGUCACUGUGAGAACGUGGAUUGUACGAUUAAGUAAUAAUCUCCCAGAAUGUCUGACAAUAAACAUGAGAUACAAUAAAAUAAUAAUUAAUUAUGUUAGUAUUGUAUCUAUUGUACAGACUGACAUACAGACAAACUGAUAGCUGGACUGACCGACUGAUAGCUCGACGGACAGACAGACAGGCCGACUGAUAGCUGGACAGACAGGCAGACUGAUAGCUGGACAGACAGGCAGACUGAUAGCUGGACAGACAGACAGGCAGACUGAUAGCGGGACUGACAGACAGAUAGCUGGACAGACAGACAGACAAACUGAUAGCUGGACUGACUGACAGACAGCUGGACUGACAAACAGGCAGACUAAUAGCGUGACUGACAGACAGACAGGCUGAUAGCUGGACCGACUGACUGAUAGCGGGACUGAGACAGACAGAUAGCUGGACUGACAAACAGGCAGACUGAUAGCUGGACUGACAGACAGACAAACUGAUAGCUGGACUGACAAACAGGCAGACUGAUAGCUGGACUGACAGACAGAUAGCUGGACAGACUGACAGACAGACAAACUGAUAGCUGGACUGACAAACAGGCAGACUGAUAGCUGGACUGACUGACAGACUGAUAGCUGGACUGACAGACAGCUGCACAGAUAAAUGUUCUGGUAGUGUAUUAAAUGAAAUAGAAAGUUCUGCAUUUAUUAAACAACUUGCAAUAAGCAUCAUGGGAAUUGUAGUUUCCAGCUGCCGUAGAUCUACCUUUUGGCCGUCACAGCAUGACUAUUAAUAAUGAAUCCCUGUACGAAUUCUGGUCAUUUCUGAUUUCUUAUUAUUUAUAAUUUGUUAUGUUUUACAUGUAUUUUAGAGGUGUCUUAGUUUCCUAAAGCAGGAAGUGAAAUUGGGAGGAAUCGGCCCAACCUACAGAGUGAGCAAAGAAAAAGUAAGAAUAUGACAUUUAUAUUUAUUGUUGUAAAAUGUGUUUUAUAAAGUAUAGGUUGCAAUGACAAUAAUGGAAUUUAAUGUUUUGUAUUUAACAUUAUCAAUGUUAUAGAUUUAUUUAUUUUCAGAAUAAUACAAGAAAUUGAAAUCAUUAUUCUCUUUCCGAAUACAGGCUACGGGUUAUAUCUUUAAACAAUAAAUUGUGGCUAAUUGAGAACAGAAUUUGCUAAUUUGUGUCCAAAGUAGCCAAAUUCGAAAUAUAUCUGCUAUGAAUUCAAUUUUGACAGCAAUUGAUUGUAAAGUAAAUUAAUUUGUAUAGCUGCUAAGAGCAAAGCAUUUUCUAUCUGUUUCAGAUUGUUGGUCAUAGUAUGUUUGCUAGGAUUUAGUAAUCUUGUGUAAGUUAACUUUCAUUAAAUCCGAAUAUUGCAUUUAGUUUGUCUCUGAUGUAAAGAAUGGCAGGCUGUGGGCAUACUAUAGCACGUUUGGUACAUUAAACCUUAUACUAUACAGGGCUAAGCAGCAUAGAGACCGAAAAAAACCUGUACUAGAGAAAUCGAUUUCUCACCUCUUUGGGGAGAGGUGAAAUAAAAAUGACAGAUCAAUUUCUUGUGAUGCAAAAAAGUUAAAAUAGAAAUGCAUACAUUAAGAUGAUAAAGGGGCCAGUGGCCUUACAAUCGAGUACCCCUAGCCUGUAACGAAACACAUAUGCCACGCCAGUUUUCCAUCUAACACCUAACCUAAAUUACUCAUACAGGCUUUUAUUUUGUACCCACUCUCAAGCACCUAUUUAUGCCAGUUACUUCACUAUUGUUUAGUAUAGAUUGUUAUUUCAGGCAAAUAUGUUGUUUUCUUUACUUCUAAAAGUGGCACGCUUUCUCACAAAGUGACCUUAACCGUAUGUUAAUGUGGUGUAUAACUUGUCUUCAUGCGGAUGUUGGUCCCAAUAUGCUUGUUUUCUCAAUACGACUUAUCCUGUCUAUGUCAAAGACACACUGCUGUAGCUCAUGUUCAUUCUAUGCCACAAUAAAACAACGAUUUGCAAAAAGAUGAUUAAGGGGAAAUGGUUAAAUCAAGAAAAUAUUCUAUAUUUCCAGGAAACACAGUUACAGAAGCAAAAGACGUAUGCUAAACUGGUUAAGGAACGCAACCGCUUACAGAGACAAACGGUUCCCAAAGUCCCAGAGAGCCAAACCCAGCCAAACGACGGCAAGAAAUGUUCCCGGCAGAAGGUGAACCUGUCUUCCUGUUCAUGAUCUAAAUCACUCCGAAGGGAGAUAAUGAAACCUACUGCACACCAAUUAAAUGGAAAUAAUGCGUUAUUGUUAUCAAUAGAAAAAUACGCAAAUAUAUGUAGCAACAAAAUGAGAUAUAUCUCUCAAUGUAUAGCGAUAUAAACAAAUGUAUGUUAGUAAAACCUGCCCUCUAUUCUCAGCAUCAGUGCUGUAUGUCCAACAAAAAAAACAAAUGUAGUAUACAAACUUAGAGGAAACACAAUGUAAAUAAUAACAGUCUGUAUAAAGCACGGACAGGGGACACACAGCGACUCUGGAGUCAAACAUCAAGAAUUAUUUAAAAAUAAAAAACACCUCUAUCCCCGAUAGUGACUUUGCUGAUGGGUGCCCGGAUUCAACAGUGUGCAGGGGAAGGUGAGUUAUACCGGCACUGCCAGUCCUUUUCAGCUCCUUUUUGCUUCAGCUGCCAUGGGCCCAAGUCAGCGUUGUACUCUUGCGCAUGUGGGAGAGGACAACACUGAGCUCUAUGGAGGCUCCCAUGAGAUCACAAGACCCUCCAUAUACAGAGCCUUUUCCCCUACACCCAUCACCGGUGACGCUGGGGCACAUAAAAAAAAACCCGACAGAAGUAGCUCCACUUUUUGUCACAUAUUGUCAGAAACUUUAAAAAAGUAGUCACUUCUUUGUUCUAUGAUAUCUUUUGACUGCACUGGGAUUUCAGUGUAAUUCCAUCACAGUUAAUGUAAAUAUUUCAUAGAUUUUAUCUUUAUGAAAUACCCAUUUGGGGCGGGAAUGUACAGUCCCACUUUACUGAGAUUCUUAAUGGCUGCUAUCUCAUUAUUUUAUUAUUACAGAGUUUGGAAUACGCAAUAAACAUCCCGAGGCCACAACCACUGCCGAAAAUAUGCACCCAAGCUAAGAAAGAGGAGACACCCAGAAAUGCCGUCUUUUUAGAUAACACAUCCCCGCAGUUAGAGCGGAUAUUGGAGUUACAGCUUAGACAUGAGAGAGAAAAGAUCGCAGUGGCCGCUUUUAAUGCCCUUCACAUACUUUAGUUUUUUUUAAAUAAAGUCAAUUUCUACAAAUAGUAAAUAUGUGCAGCAAAUCAUGUUUUGGAUGUUGUGCUAUAAUCUGUGUAAAAAAAUGUCUGUUUGUGUUUCCUCUUCGCUUGGCCAAGGACACACCUGUGGUUUUACCUUAUCACUUAUCGCUCCUUGAGGUUAGGAAUCGCUGUAGAAAGCUGGAAUUUUACCAG